AUGAAUGUGUCCAUGUGGCCCGACAUCUCCAACUUGACUAUGUCAAAGCCAGAGCUAAUCCAUGUUCUGAGGCAGAUAGGCCCACAUGCCAAGUGGCCUCAGAAACAGGUCAAGUGGCCUCGGAAGAUGAAAGCACCUGAUUCUUUCUGGAACCCAAACCGGUGGUACGACUUCCACCAUUACCACGGUCACAAGUCGAAAGAUUGUGUCACACUAAGAAUCGAGGUCAACGAGCUACUAAAGAAAGGACACCUCCGGGAGUUCCUCUCCGAUAAAGCCAAGAACCUCCUCAACAAGGAGACUAACAAUAAAACUCCAGAAACCGCACCCGCUUCACCUCCAAGACAGGAUAGAGUAAUCCAUGUCAUCUCCGGUGGCUCCGAAGUAAGCCUCCUAAAUGAAAUCAGUUUCAUCGUAAAGGAGCAGGAGAGGGUCCCGGCCCCUUACCAAGAUGCUCUAGUCAUAUCUCUCACCGUCGUAAACUACCUAGUAAAAAAGAUCCUGGUAGAUAAUGGAAGCUCCAGCAAUAUUCUCUUCCAAACUGCCUAUCGCGAUCUCGGGCUGGAAGAAAAUGCACUGACACGAAGGAUCACCCCGCUCAUAGGGUUCAGCGGAGAAGUGAAACAGACUUCUGGGGAGGUCAUUCUCCCGGUGUAUGCGGAAGGAAUUAAUUUGUCUACCAAAUUCCUUGUCGUCGAAUAA